GAUCCGCAUUUGGGAGACAUGAUUACGUGUAUUUUCUCACCCGAGCCAGAAAAUUUUGUCGACGUUGACGACGACUUUGACCCGAACCACCACCAUCAUCAGACAGCUCCUCUGUUGGUUUUCGCUUUCAGCGUAUCCCUCUUGAGUUGAGUCAUACUUUCAGAAGUUCAUUCAGAGUUAUUCUUCAGCGGUUUUCUCUACCUUCCCGUACACGUGUUCCACCGGAUCUUUAAGCGUUCACAUAUCAGCUCGCCUCACCCUACACCCCCAGUAAAAGAAAAUGAACCGUCAUCAUCCCUAUGGAGGAGUUUACGAUAAUCCCGCCAACAGAAGGGGCGGCUCACUAGCAGGGUCUGGGCCGGAUAGAUCUUACCAUCACAGAGGUGGUGGGGCACCCCGUGGAAGAGGAUUCGGUCGUGGCCGAGGCGGAGGCGGCCAAGGUGGUCAAGGUAGCGGCCACUUUGGCAAUUACGAUGGCGGUGCCUCCAACACAUAUGAUCAAGGGCCGCCUCAAGGCGAUAUGGGCCUCUACAAUAAUUACGACUCUGGCUCACAAGACCCAUUCUACCAAAACGGCAGUGGUAAUUAUGGUAGUGGAAUGCCCCCCGCUCAGUUCGAUGCCCAACCCCAGUCAGAUGGUUAUACCCAGGGCUAUGGUAACUACGAAGACGGUUCCGACGCCAACUAUGAAGAUGGUGGAUUUGGUAUGCGACCUCAGAGGCGAACUGUACGUCGAGAACGGGAUGACAAAGUCCACGAUUCAAUAAUUGAAGAGCGAAUCCAACGCGAGCGUCCCUGUCGUACUUUGUUUAUACGCAACAUUAAGUAUGAGACCAAUAGUGAUGACGUCCGUCGUUCAUUCGAAGAGCACGGAGAUAUCAAGACCUUUUUCGAUCUCAUUGCAACGCGGGGAAUGGUUUUUGUGACCUUCUACGAUAUUCGUGCAGCUGAGCGCGCUAGGGAUCGUCUGCAGGGUUCUGAGAUAAGUGGAAGACCCAUCGAUGUUCAUUAUUCUCUUCCUCGUGAUGACCAAAAGCAAGGUGGCGAUCGCGACAAGAAUCAGCAAUUUCAGGGCAACCUAAUCGUCACACUUAAGGAUUCUGUCCAACCUAUCGAUGAUAAUGAGGUCCGACGUAAAUUCCAACAGUUCGGAGACGUUAAAUCUGUCACGCCUGUCGGCGAUCGUGCUGAUCAGCGUUAUGUUGAAUUCUAUGAUAUCAGGGCAUGCGACGAAGCGUUCGACCGUCUCCGUCACCAAGGGUUGCAAGAUGGAACCAUGGACAUUGUCUAUGCAUGGGAAGAGUCUGAAAUUUCUGGUCCUCCUACUCAGCGUCGUGAGCAGGGAUUCGGCGGUGGGCGGGACUGGGAAGAUAGUGGGCGUGGAUUUCGAGGCCGAGGUCGAGGCAGGGGCCGCGGUGGCGGAGGCCGAGGUCGCGGCGGCUCUUAUGAGGAUUGGGACAGGCGUGAUGACUUCGGCAGGGAUCGUGAUCGCGGGCGCUUUGAAGAUGAUUACAACAGGGGUGGACGCGGUGGCGGCCGGGGUGGUUAUGGAGACAGAUUUGAUUCCCGUGGUUCUCUCUCGAGUGGGCUUGGUUCGGGCUCUGGUUCGUAUAAUGAGGUGUCGAACGUCCCUCCAUAUAACCAGCCCCCGCCAGCGAUCACCCAGUAUAACCAGCCUCCGCCAGCAGCCACUCAGUAUAACCAGCCCCCACCAGCAGCCACUCAGUAUAACCAGCAGCAGCCUGCAGCCACUCAGUAUAACCAGCCCCUGCCAGUAGCCACUCAGUACCACCAGCCCCCACUAUCGGUCACUCAAACUGGUACAGGGGAUCGGUUAGAGCAGGCUCGCAAGGUUCAACAGCUCCUUGCGGCACUGAAACAACCCCAGAAUAACACCGCACCGCCUCCCACGAUGCAACAGGGACCGCCACCACCAGGACCACCUCCCCCGAGCACACUUGGAAUGCCCCCUCCACCUCAAAGCCCAUACUAUGCGCCACCUCCCGUUCAGCAGUCCGCGCCGCCCUAUCCUCCGCCUGGCCCCAGUGCUAACCCCUAUGCUCAGAUGCCUUCUCAGACACCCACUCCUCAGCCAGGGCAGAUCCACCCUGGAAUGCCUGGCUUACCACCAAAUAUCCUUGCAUUGUUACAACAGUCACAAGGUCAGCAGGGUCAAGGCACUGCCCCACAGCAGAUGCAAUCGCAAUAUGGAAUGCCUCCUCCGCUACCUCAGUCCAUGCCGCCACCUCAGUCCAUGAUGUCUCCACCUCCUAUGUCUAGCAUGCCACCUGGUGCCCCCCAGCCUGGAACUCCGAAUUACCAGCAACUAAUGGCCAUACUUAUGAUCGUUCCUCAGCGCUCAGUGGCGCUGAAGACGACGAACCCGGCAUCACGGGAUGCUACCUAG